AUGGAAGUGUGUUUUUUCUUUCGCCGCACUGUUGCGAGACGGGAACAUUUUUAUUUUCCCGUGUCUAUCAUACUGGCUUAAAUUUUCGCAAUUUUUCAUUCGACAGAUAAGCGGGUCUUUUGCUAGUUAAAAUUCAUGAUAAUUGUGCCGAUUAGCAGUGUCAUAUUAGACAUUUUGAUAGUGUCUUGACAACUCGGUCUUUAUCUACUGGCACACGAACCGUUAUGCUGUGAGCAAUUAAAAUACGUGAACUGUAGUAUAAUAAACGGAAAAUAUUAUAAUGUAAUUAGGCUAAUGAACUCGUCGCGGGAAAAUGAAUCAGAAAGUAGUAUGAAUCAUGCACAUUGCAUCAGAACGUAAACAAGAUACUGCGCGGAUUCAUCGAGGAAGAAAGUCGAAAUCGAUUUCCGAACAGAUUGCGCGUGAUUUCAAAUUAUUCGAAUGCAAAUAGAAGCGAGAUAUUCAAACCGACACAACGUGUUCAAACAAAAUGACAAAUUCCAGCGCGAGCGUACCAUAAUAAUAAAGAUGUAAAUGUAACCGCGAAGCCUCACACAAAACCGUAAUAAGGAAGACUCCAAAAAUAACGAUUAAUCAUCGAAAGCGUAGCCUAUUAAGCAAAAAAACACACCUGUCGCACAACGUGCAUCAGGCCUACUCCGAUGACGUAGAGUCGCGCGAGAUCCAGCCGUCACGCGUGGUCUCCCAACGUACACGUAUAUAUACAUUCUUGGAAUGAGAGCGCGCGUCAUCGACUCCAUCUUAAUCUUCAGUCCAAUCACCUGCAUCUGCAGUAUACGUACAUAGGCAUUAGUCAUCAGACUCAUCUCAGACUUCGAAUCUCGCGCGGUUUUUUCGCACAUAUAGACAUAGCGCAGAUCGUCGAGCUGACUCGCUCGUCUAUUUUUGCCAAUUAAUGCAUCGAUGUGUUGUCGAGUGUGUGCAAGUCUAUUGUAGGUGUGCUUUAUUUUGCGCGAUUGUAAAUAUAGCGUACUAGUGCAGACGCAUGAGGUCACCCGGUAAAUUUGACGCGUUACCCAUACAUACUAAUGCCAACUUAACUUAAUUAAUGCGUCGACGCGUCGCGUGUCGUCCAAAUGUCGCGUGAUAAGUUUGUCGUUUUCGAGAACAUUAAUGCGAUGCCCUAUCUGGCUUGUUAGCCACGCUUUUAAUUUGAGCUCGUUACACGGUAUUAGGAAGAUAUAUCAAGAUUCAAGAUUCAGUAGCUUAAAAAAAUGUCGAAGAUUACUUGGAUAAUUGUUGCCUUGUAUUGUGCUACAGUCAUCGCUCAAGACUGCAAACCAGUCAAUUUUGGAUCCGACAGUAUAGUUUGCGAAUGCAACUCCACAUAUUGUGACAACUAUCCCGAUCCUAAACCACCAAGUGAAGGCGAAUUCAUAUGGUAUGUCACGAGUAAAAGUGGACAGAGACUUAAUCGCACCGACGGAAAAAUUGAUAGUCGACCUAAAAAUGGAUUAACGGUCCGUAUCGAUUCCAAUAAGCUGUAUCAAAAUAUGGAAGGAUUCGGCGGUGCUUUCACUGACUCAGCUUGUAUCAACAUCAAAAGUCUUAGUCAAGAAACUCAAGACAAUUUAAUGAAUUCGUACUUUAGCACGAACGGAAGCAACUACAAUUUUGGUCGCGUGCCUAUAGGCGGGUCAGAUUUUUCUACGAGACCUUAUUCUUAUGAUUCUACCCCCGGUGAUAAAGAGUUAAAAGAUUUCUCACUUGCCAAAGAAGACACCGAGUAUAAGAUCCCGCUUAUGCAAAAGGCCCGGAAAAUUAACCCAUCCCUUCGCUUUUUAUCAGCUGCGUGGACUGCACCACCAUGGAUGAAGAACAGGAAAAUAUUUGUAGGAUUCAGUUAUUUGUUAGAAGAAUAUUACCAAACUUACGCAGAUUACAUUGUUAAGUUUUUAGAAACAUAUAAAAGUUACGGACUGGACAUGUGGGCUGUCUCAGCGGGAAAUGAGCCAUUCAAUGCAUUGUUGCUCAUUUUUAGCAAAAUAAAUAACAUGUUUUGGUCACCAGGGAAUGCCUGUAAAUGGGUCAUCAACAAUUUAGGGCCUAGCAUAGAGCAAUCGAAAAGUAAUAAUACAAUUAUCCUUAUGCUUGACGAUAAUAGAGUAGCGCUACCUUGGUACAUGGUUGACGUAAAAAUUUGGCAUAGCGAAGCUCUAAAAUACGUUAAGGGUAUUGCCGUGCACUGGUAUACGGAUACUGUUAUUCCUGCAAGUGUACUUGAUUUAACUCAUGAUCUCUUGCCAGAUAAGUUUAUUUUGAUGACAGAGGCUUGCGUAGGUGAUCGCCCAUGGGUUUAUCCCAAAGUUAAUUUGGGAUCGUGGCAACGUGCGGAAGAAAUAGUAGAUAAGAUCUUUGAGAACAUAAACCAUCAUGUAGUCGGUUGGGUCGAUUGGAAUCUGGCCCUUGAUCUUCAAGGAGGGCCAAAUUGGGUAGAUAACUACGUUGAUGCCCCGAUAAUCGUUGAUGAUGAAAAAGAUGUCUUUUAUAAGCAGCCAAUGUACUACGUAACGACUCAUUUUAGUAAAUUUGUGCCUCGCAAUUCUGUCAGGGUACACACUAAUAGUGAAGACAAGAAUGUUAUAGCAACAGCGUUCAAGACUGGCGAUUAUAAAGUAAUUGUUCUUUUGUUCAACAAAAGUAACAAAAAGAAGAGUAUUUCGAUUGUAGAUGAAAAAGUUGGCAGCAUAAACGUGGAAUUGACUGAAAAUUCUGUACAUACAAUUUUGUACAAUUAUGAUGCAUAAACAUAAAAAUAAAUUUCCUAUUUUUAAAUAAUA